UACAAACUCACGCGGUUGAUACCGCACAAGGAGCGGGUUAGUCUUUUCGGUUAUCUAACGAGAACAAACACUCCUUUCCGUAGGAUCUCCUUAUGUGCGAGCCGCUGCGAUGCUACGGUUUGGCUGUACACGCACCCUAGGCGUUUAUAAAAACAUAACCGGUGUGCUGCUGCCACUUACCGCCUCAUCCUUCUUGUGCACUCGCGCUACGACCACAAGCCGGGAACCGCAACUAACGGACUCGUACCUGGCGCUGCUGAAAUCAGCAAACGAUGCAAGGGAAGUGUUGGAAUUCCUGCCCACUAUUAGCCGCUCCAAGCAGGAUCGCCAUGCGUACACGUUGCCGGCACUGAAAACUCUGUUUGAAAUGAUCAAAAAUGGCAAAAGUACGCUACGGCCGGCACAGAUCGUACAGCAUCCACGCUUCGCGGAACUGUGCAAAGCGGUGCGGCACGAGUCACGCGCCUUCCAGAUGAACGACAUCACGGAGUGUCUCAAAAUUCUGACCUACCUGGGGGUGCAUACUAACAGCGAAAUCAUGACCGUGCUGUUGCAACUUAUUCGCCACCAAAUCAACGACGUGACGCUAGAUCACAUCGUGUUUCUGAGCUUUAUUCUGAAGAAACACGAACGAACGCCGCUGGUGGAAGCGCUACAAAUUGCGCUACCCAUGCUGCUGCAGGUGCAGAUCGGUUAUAAGCUGGACCACGAAAACGUCGAGCAAUUGGUGUCACUGCUGGAGUUCGUUUCGCUCCAUCGCGUAAACGAUCGUACGGCGAUGAACAUCGUUAGUGCGCUUACUCUGCACGGCACAAAACUUUCGCCCGAGCAGGCCAUCGUUACGCUGAAAGCAUUGGCCACCUUUCCCGUCUUUCUACCGCAAUACGAGAAGCUGCUACAAAAUGUGUUCACGGUGCUUGGUAGGGAUCUUGGGCGAUUAUCCUUCAACACGCUCGACUACGCGCUGAAGAAAGUGAUGGACAAGAAUUUGGACCAAUUCCCUGCCUUCUAUCACGAACAGUUCCUGAAUCAGUGCGCUCAGCACGUAAUCGAUAACGACGUGGGCUUGCUGAAGGCGCUCUAUAUUUUGAAAAAGUUGAACAAAAUCUCUUUCCUACACGUCCCACUGCUGGAUUACAUAGCACGGCACGAAGGCAAUGUGUCGCUUGUACCACAAUCUGGUAUAAUAACGAUUGUGGCCGGAUUCUCCAACGCUAACUACGUACCUUCCAAUUGGGCUACGCUUCGGCAAGAGAUUGCACGGAACUCAACCAUCACCAAUUCGACCAUACCAUGGAUUCGUUACAACCUGGAGCUACUGUCGUUGGAUAUCUUCAAUGAGGAACUACUGGCCCACUGGUUAGAACCAAAGAACCUUGAUGCGAGCAUGUCACGUAACGUGGUGGUCGAUUAUUUGCAGUUGGCCGAGCUAGCUCAAACCUUGCGGCUGCUGUACGGUACGAAAUACCAUGGCCCUUAUCCGCCGCAACAUUUCAUCGACAAAUCCAUGACGCUGAUGCUGCAAAGCAAUGAACAGCCUUUGUUCCAACCGCUGGCCCUCGCUUUCGGUGGAGAAGAGUUUGUCGGCACCCAUGUCGUUACCGAGCAUGGCCAUGUCCUUGAUUACGUGCUCACUUUCGAUGCGAAUGGAAACGCCAAACCAAGGCCAGCGAUACCAGUUGAAGGUAGCGAGCAUCAGCGGUUAGAUGAUUUCAAGCAAGCGGGUUGUACAUGUGUUGCCGUUUUGUACUUACCGAGAAGUUGUUACGCGAUCAACGUUAACCGACUGCGAGGACGAUUUGUGAUGUACGUAAAGACGAUCGAAGCGAUUGGCGUACCAACGAUCACCGUUUCACCUCAGAUAUGGAAUAACCUGCCCGAAUCAGAGCGAAUACCCUUCCUGCAGCGUGAAGUACAACAAAAACUGAAAUAAAGCCAUUUUCGUACCAGAGGACAUAGGAGGGUCUCGCUAGUGCCGUACCGUAGUUUCGAGUUAAACCUUGAUUGCAAUACUUUGGUAUCAAGCAGAAUAAAGUUCGAAAGUAGUCAAAUCUCGUUCUAUUAA